GCCGAUCUGGACUGCUGGGAGACGGCGCGCGUGGACCCCGCGGCGGACUUCGAGGGCCCCCCGCCGGUGCGCACGGUCUUCGGGUACGGCUCCCGAUCUUCCGCCCCGGCUUCCCCUACCGGCGGGCGUACCCGGCGUGCGUGCGCGGCCUCCGGCGCUUCUGGCAGCGCUCCUGCGACCACCGCGGCACCCCGGAGGCCCCCGGGCGCGUGGUGACGCUGGUGGAGGCUGGCGGGGCGAACGCGGCCGCGGCGGCGGGCGACGGGCAGGGCACCGGAGCAAAGCCGUCGCCUCCGUCGACGGCGUGGCCUUCGAGGUGGACGAGGAUCGACUGGCCCGGCGUGCUGGCCGAGCUGGACGUGCGCGAGAGACAUGGCUACGUGCGCACCGUGGCCGAGCUGGUCUGCCCUGACGACCGGGCCACGCCCCUUGGCAGGGCCGUGCUCUACUUCUGGGAGGGGGAGCACUCCAGCGCCGCCUACGCCGGCCCGGAGCCGCUGGCGGCGACGGCGAGCGUGAUCGCCUCGGCCGAGGGGCCCUCGGGCCGCAACGACGCCUACCUGCGCGCGCUCGAGGCCGCCCUGCGCGAGUGGCGCCUGCCGCCAGACCCGUACCUGCUGGAGCUGCUGCGUGCGGUCGACGAGCAGCACAGGCCGCCGCGCCCGCGCGCUCGAGCGGCCGAGCGCUCGAAGGGCGUGCCGGAGCUCCGGGGGGGAGCGCGUGACACGAGAUGCACCCCAGUGAUAUACAUGGACUUGAACGACGGUGUCGGCUACAAUGUUGGGAUGAAGGGUGAACUGGGACAUAUGUCUCCCGAAGUGGUGGGCGCCCCCACGCGUGAGCGGAUCAAGGACGGGGCUGGUUCUCGACUACGAAAGCUAUGCGACGCCCACCACCUGUACCUCGGCAGUGCGACGGUGAGAGUGACCGACACGUUCUAUGGGGAGAAGGGGUCCAGCCGCAUCGGCUACAUGGUCCUGCCGCAGGGCAUGCGCCCGCUGGUGCGUAGCUGCCAGGUCCUGCCGUCGCUGGGGGCGAAGCAGCAGGCAAUCAAGGGCGCACCGCCGAAGGACCAUCUCCCCAUCCAGUGCUGCAUCGGGUACCGAAAGUACGGCAUGCCGAACCUUGCGGAGAGGACGGCAGAAGUCACGAGAUGGGACCAGACGGCUAUGAUGGAAGCAGUGCGCACUGGCCGAGGACGGGAGCAGUUUGUAUCGGACGUACGAUUGGCGAUGCCAUCCCUUCCCCUGCGCUCCCUGAUUGAUUGGGACCCACCUGAUACGAUUUUCGAGGCUUUGGAGAAGUGUGUUCACACAUUGGCGAGUGAGCACUUCGGCGAGCAGCAGGGACUAGGUGAGCCCUGGUCGUCGUUCGCCGCGGAGAGGCGCCGCCUCCUCCGCGAGCGGGCCCAGCUGAGAGGCAGCAAGCUCGGCCUGACGGAGGAGGCGGCAGGUCGCAUAGAUGAGGAGCUGAACGCGAUCUCCAAGGCGGAGGCUACGCGGGCGCGCAGGGCGGUCGCUUACUGCAGGUCUGGGCCCAAGAGGCGCGACGGCAGACCCUUCGCGCCCGCGCCGCCGUCCGCGGCGGAGUGGUUAGACACCUGGCGGAAGGAGGGCCACUUGGGGGGCAUGAAGGCCCAGGAGAUCCAGUGGGGCGAGUGGCGGCAGCAGAGAGAAGGGAUUCGCUAUGAGGACGCCGACGUAGAAGAGCUCAAGGAGCUUGUCGACGAUGUCAUUCGGGAGCUGAAGCGUUACCUUUGCCUCGCGCCCAAGAGGCGCGUGGUCCCGCCUGGCACUCUGCCUUGCGAGAUCUGGCUGAUGUUGAUUCUGCCCAACUGGCGACCGCAGGAGACGAUGUCGGGCAGUUCGGGAUCGGGCUGCGCGUUGCAGCUCCCAGACUGGCACAGCCCGUCGGCGGCGAAGCGCCAGGCCGACGGGGAAGAAGGCAAGGGCACGGGAGGCGGCGCCAAGAAGAGCGGCGGCGUGGCCAAGAAGACGCGCACGGGGCACAAAGGCUUGCAGGAGGCGUGCGCCAAGCUGCUGCUGAUCACGGCACGGGAGGCGAUGGUGCGCGCUGGCAAGCUGUGCGACGAGCGCAGCAAGGAGAUGAAGAAGGAGGCCGAGUCGAGCGCGGCCCCAGACUACCGCGGUCGAGGAGCGCCUCACCUUCACGUCUUCAUGGCGCUCAUUGUGCACUGCGCGGCGAAGGAGAAGGGCGCGCUGGAGAAGGACGUGGCCACGGCGGUGGAAGAGAUCAUGGAGCGGCUCAACAACGCGGUGCGCGAGCUCUCGUUGCAGCACAUCAGUCGGAUCGUGAAGCACUGCCGCGUGAAGACGCAGAAGAAGAAGGAGCAGGCAGACCAGAUGGCGACGCUCUACUUGGACAUAGAUCGCCACAACACGGUGGGAGCGAAGCUGUUCGAGACGCUGUCGGUGGCGAUCGAGGCAGAGGGCGGGGGCUACGUGGGCGGGUCGCAGCCGCGAGGCUUGCAGCGCAAACUCGUGUGCCUGCUUGUGGACUCGCCGGACGUGCCGCUGCACGGCAUGGAGACCAUCUGGCGCGACGGCAGGUGCGUGGGCUACGUGCGCUCGACGGCCUUCGGCCACACGGUUGGACGCAGCAUCGCCUACGGCUAUGUGGACUGCCCCGAGACGGAGGCCAAGAUCACCAACAAGUGGCUGGAGGCCGGCGUGUGGCAGGUGGGCGACAAGGGUGAUUUCCAUGCCGCCAGCCUCUCCUUGAAGGCGCCGUUCGACCCCAAGAACGAGCGCGUCAAGGGGAACUACCCGCUGGAGGUGCGGGAGGCCUCGUUCGUGGAGAGCGCCACGGCCGCGGCCCUCCCCACCGACGGCCCGCCCAGACCCGCCGCUUACGCCUGAACAGCCCAGCGCGCGGCCUGCCGCCAGCACCCCAUGCAAACCACACCCGUCGGAGGAGUCGCGCAAAUUGGCCCUGGUCCGUCCGCGCCCGGCCGGCCUCCGCCGACGAGCGGGCGCCCCUUGCCGGGGCGGGGAGCGCCCCGCCGAAGCGCUGCGCCUCCCUGCCAUCGCCGAGGCGCUGCGGAGCCCUCGGAGCCUUGGGCUCGGCGCGAGGGCAGGGUGGAGGCCCAUGCCAAGAGACGCCCUGCUUGCCUCCAGGGUGCCCUGUUUUUUUUGGG